AUGACAACAAACUCCCCGCCGUCCGUCAUACUUACAGAUGCACUCGCAUCUCUGAAUAAAGCAGUAAACAUAGCAUUCACGAGCUUACAGGAUCAAACACGUCAAGAAGUCACACAAGCAUGUGCUGAAGCACGGGAAGCGCGUCACGAGCGGGAUGAAGCCGUUAAGGCUCUCCAUGAGCUUAGGCUUGAGGAGCAGGCGUGGAAGCAAGAGGCUGGUGCCCGACAGUCCGCUGUUGAGCAAGCCGAGUUGACUAUAAAACACCAUGCAGAGACGAUUGCUCAACUUCGCUACGAGUCCGAGCAAUGGAAACAACAGUGCCUCCGUCUCGAAGACACAUCGCGCCAGGAAGCCACCAGCUGGAAGGAGCAAUUCCUACGCGUUGAACAGGAGCGAUACAAGCUCGCAACGCGUGUGGAUGAGCUUAUUGAAGAGCAGCUUUCUCAUUCUGUCCAGACGCAUGCAUCUAUCACUCCAUUCACGACAAUGCUUCGUUACCCCAACACAACCGCAAGCACAAGUCUUAGCGAUCCAUCCGCAUCCACACGCCACCGUUUCCCUCCCUAUACCUCCGAACUUCCUGACGAAUCCAUAUCUACGUCGUCAUCCAAGGCACCCAAACCCAUAUCCACACAACAACUCCCUACCCCCAUUUCUGCGAAUCGCAGGGCCUCCGGAGACAAGUCAAAGCAGUACCUAAUCCGACGCGUUCAGGCGGUAAUCGAGGUGCCCGUAAAGGAGGAGAGCGUGGAGAACACGAUUUCUAAUGAAACACCGUUUGCAUCAAGUUCUUCUGCGUCAUUAUCAAGCUCGGAUUCAGGAUCCACAGUACCAGGACCUAGUAGACCAACUUCAGCCAUCUCGAGCAAAACCAUACCCAAACUCAGCAAACCUACCAGUGCCCCUAGUAAAACUGGACAAGGUGUCAACAAUAUUGUCUCAGCUACCAGCAAAUCCACAUCACUGAACAACAAGCCUAUAUCGGCAGCAUCCACCAAGUCCGCCCUACCACCGUCCAAAUCUACAGUAAGACCUGGUAAACCCACACUCUCCGGGACUGGCAACAAACCACUAUCCAAUAUUGCUACCAGCUCCUCGUCCCGUCCCGCCCGAAAAAUAAGCACUAAACGACAGUAUAUCGAGAUUGAUGAAGACAAGGAUGGAGAAGAUAGAAUAUCAGAGCAGUGCAAGUCAGGUAGUGAUGCGGCUGCCGAGGACGAAGUUGAUUCUUCAGAAGAGGAAGAAGACGAGCUGACGCUGGGCGCAGAAGUAUAUUCCCUCUGUCGUGAACAUUUGUAUCAGCAUGCUGACGCUUACGCCCGCCAGGAAAACCGCCGCGAAAUUUAUGGUACCAAGCGCAUAGCAGCUACGAGCAGUAUGAAAGCCGUGUCGCAGGCGCCGGCGAAAAAGAGGAAGCUGAUUUCAAGCACGACUGCCAUAAUAUCGGGCGGUGGGAAGAAACCUCCUGCGAAGAGUGUGCGCGGGUGA